AUGGAUUCAGAACUUGCCUUGGAAUAUCCUGUGAAAAGUGAACUGGAAGAUCCUUUGUUUCUCCCUCCAGUCAGUCACGAAAAUGGGGAUGACAGAUUUUUGCCCCUGGAGCCAGAUGUGCAAAUAAAAACGGAGCCGGAGUCACGUUGUGAGAUGAGCGAAGACGACAUGAAGUAUUCGUGUAUAAUUGAACAGUCAGCGAGAGAUGAAGAGUCGCUUCAUUGCAAGAAGGAAUUGAAAAAGAAAGGGAGGAAUGGCCACGCUGCGGAAAAAUCCUUCACGUGCAACGAGUGUGGGAAAGGGUUCACUCAGAAGAACCACAUGACGGUUCACAUGCGAAUCCACACUGGAGAGCGGCCGUUCACGUGCGAGGAAUGCGGAAAAGCCUUCACCUGGGAGAGCAACUACAAGAUCCACAAGAGAACACACACAGAAGAGAAGCCGUUCAUAUGCGAGGAAUGCGGACAGUCGUUCUCCUUGAGUUAUUCUCUAAGGAGACACCAGAAGGUCCACAACGGGGAGAGGCCCUUUACGUGCCCGGAGUGCGGGAAAGCUUUUUCUCAGAAGAACCAUAUGAUCGUUCACAUGAGGGUCCACACCGGGGAGAAACCUUUCUCGUGCGAGGAGUGUGGGAAGUCCUUCUCUCAAAGGGGUCCUCUCACGCACCACAUGAAGACCCACACGGGAGAAAAGCCUUUCUCUUGCAUGGAGUGUGGGAAGGCAUUCGCCAUGAAGAAUGCCCUUGACAGUCACAUGAAGACCCACACGGGAGAGAAGCCUUUCUCGUGCUUGGAAUGCGGGAAGGCCUUUUCUCACAAGGCUCAUCUCACCAGACAUAUGAAUAGCCACACUUGA